AUCUGCAGUAAUGGCAGCAAUAACACAACAUUAUCACAAUAACACAAACACACACACACAUCUCCAUUCACUUGCACUGCCCGGGGGGAGCUGCUAUAGGAGCAGGUGAUCGCCCUUAUUUGGUCAUGGCCCAGAUCAUGUGACUACAAAAUGGUGGAAGCUGUGAGCAGUUUGCAAGCCGAGCAUCUCCGGCACGAGGCUGGCAGCAGGAAGUAGACGCUGGGAUCCAUGAUCUGACACAAAGGAGCUUCCUCCCAGCAGCGGUCUUCUUCCACACGCAGAAGGCAGACAGGAAGCGGGAGUGUGAGGGGGAGGGGUCGGAUGCUGCUGCGUGGAAGUGGAACAGCUCAGCAUCCUCCAUGAGCAGCUGAUUAUCAUCUAGAGACGCAAGGCAGAUCUACGCUUGUUGGCUGUGGUCCGCCUACGGUUGGACCCGAUGUCGGAGCCCAAAAUGAACUCUGAGGGAAGUGAAAGUAGACCUGUGCCGCCCACCUCCCUACCUCUGAAAGGGGGCGCCACCCAACGUAAGAAGCUAUCGGCCCCGCGCAUCAGCCUCUCUCUGGACCAGAGCGAGGACGACUUGGGGGAGACGCCGGAUGACCUUGACAUCAAUGUCGAUGACCUCGACACUCCGGAUGAAGGAGAUUACCUGGACUACACGGACCACGAGAUGGACUGGGAAGAUCCCAAAGCGGCCGGGCAAAGUCGGACGAGCGAGUCGUACAACUCCAUCCCGACUUACAGCGCCAAGGAGGAGCGUCAGGACGGCAAACUGUGGCGGACGGUGAUCAUCGGCGAGCAGGAGCACCGCAUCAACAUGAAGGUCAUCGAGCCCUACAUGCGAGUCAUCUCCCACGGAGGCUAUUAUGGCAACGGUGUGAAUGCCAUCAUCGUGUUUGCCGCCUGUUUCCUGCCAGACAGCGACAGAGACGACUACCACGAGAUCAUGGAGAACCUCUUCCUCUACGUGAUCAGCACUCUGGAGCUGAUGGUGGCAGAAGACUACAUGAUCGUGUACCUGAACGGAGCCACGCCCCACAGAAGAAUGCCAGGCUUGGGUUGGCUGAAGAAGUGCUAUCAGAUGAUUGACAGAAGGCUCAGGAAGAAUUUGAAAUCCUUCAUCAUUCUGCAUCCAUCUUGGUUCAUCAGGACCAUUCUCGCCAUCACCAAGCCCUUCAUCAGCACCAAGUUCAGCAGCAAGAUCAAGUACGUCAACAGUUUGGACGAACUGGAAGAUCUCAUCCCCAUGGAGUACAUCCACAUACCAGAGUGCAUCAUUAGACUUGACCAGGAACUGAAGGAAGCAGGCGAGAAUUCCAAAAUGAAUAGUUUUUUGCUGGGACCAGAGCCAACGGCUGCUGACAGAACGGACAGAGCAGAUGAAGCCGGCGCCAGCGCUCCUUAAAGUCACUGUCCUGUGUGUGUGAGUGUGUGCAUACAUGUGUGUGUGUGUGUGUUGGGCAAAAACAUCCUAUUCUAGACCUGAAUAUGACAAAUAGUAAAAGGAAUACCACUAAGUCCCAUCCACACGUGGAGGAAAAGUAGAUGUCAUUCCCGUGGAAUACAUCAGCACCUCCAAUGUAGCGUGUGUAGUGUCGUGUUGUUAUUGUUGUUGUGUGCAUGACAGGAAGUGAAGCAAUAACAACAAUAAUAUCAGCCAAUCACCCUGCUCACACACAUCACCACUAUCAGUGUUUCUGUUUUUCAGAAUAAAGUGCAAUUUGAAAAAAAAAAAAAAAGAAACAAGAAGAUUAAUAGUAGCUAUGCAGCACUCAACUUGAUUUCAUGUAGCCUCACUGGACACUUCAUUAGGUACCCAAGUUAUGAUGUUUAGUAUUGUGGUUUGGCAUUUAUUGACUGCUCUUUUUCAAUAUUUAAUUCUCAUUUAAAAUUAUUAAAUUAGAAAAAUAUGAGAAAAGUGUUUUAUUCCUAAAUUAUAUUGAAAAUAUUUUAUUUAAUUUAAAAAUAUAUUCUUUAUUUUCAUUUUAGACUAGACAAGUCAAGAUAUGUAGAGGUAUACAUACGUAUGUUAAAUAAAGCCUUCUGCUGGUGUGUGUGUGUGUGUGUACCUAACGAAGAAGCCGAUGAGUGUAAAAAAAUAAAAAAAAAACCCACGCAUGAGUGAUGUGCAACUGGAGUGUAUGUUUUUGGUCACUUUUGUCUUAGCAAAAAUGUCAUCAUGAGGAUGAAGCACAAUAUCUUGUAGGUGUGUGUGCGUGCCUUUGUGCAUUAGUGCAUGCAUCCUAUCUAUCCUCCUUAGUUCCAUGACGAUCCCACGUGCACACAAACAACGGUCACCGCCGACUUGUAGUUCAUUAAUAAAUAGACUUGUGUCUGAA